AUGUCAUGUUUUAUAGGAGCCUAUGGUGCUGCUGUGUUAUAUAAAAAGAAAGAUGAUGAUUCUGUUGUGAUAUUAAAAGAAAUUAAUAUGCAUGAUUUGAGUGCUGCUGAAAGACAGUUAGCUUUAAAUGAGGUGAAUGUCUUAGCCAUGUUAGACCAUCCUAAUAUUAUCAGUUACUAUGAUAGUUUUGAAGAAGAUGGUGUUUUAAUGAUAGAAAUGGAAUAUGCUGAUGGAGGAACUUUAAAGCAGUUUUUAUAUCAACAAGAACAUUUACAUCUAGAUGAGAAGGUUGUUUUAGAAAUGUUUCAACAAAUAGUAGCUGCUAUAAGAUAUAUACAUGAACACAAAAUAUUACAUAGAGAUUUAAAAACAGAUAAUAUAUUUCUAACUAAAGAAGGUAUUAUAAAAGUGGGUGAUUUUGGUAUAUCUAAAAUGAUGAGUUCGGUACAAGGUGCUAACACUGUUUUAGGAACACCAUAUUAUAUUAGUCCAGAAAUGUGUGAAGGUAAACCAUAUAGUUUUAAAUCUGAUAUCUGGGCACUAGGUUGUAUUCUAUAUGAAAUGGCAUGUCUACAGAAAACAUUUGAAGGAACCAAUCUACCAGCUUUGGUUAAUAAGAUAAUGAAGGGUCAGUUUGCUCCAGUAAAAGAAAUGUAUAGUCCUGAUUUCCGUGAUGUGGUACUAGAUAUGUUACAGAAUGAUCCUGAUAAAAGACCUGAUGCCACAGAGUUAAUGUACCAUAGACUACCUCCUGUAAGUCUUUUGUAUUGUUUAACAUUUUAG